AUGACAACUUCGAUACGUAGCUCACUUUUUCCGUCGGAGACAAAAGGCGGAAUUGGGCCCUCAAAAAAGUAUCUCGAGAAACCACGUAGGAAAUCAACAUCCGAUGUUGGCACCCAGACCAUCAAGGACAACGUCAAGGAGCCCAAUCUGUGCAGUGAAGAAGGAUGUUCAACGAUGUGUCAAUCUUUGUUCAAACGGAGUAAACGGAUUUUUGAUAUUCUCAUAUAUUUUCGUCUUGCACUUGCUUUAACCCUGUACAUUCUCAUCUUGGUGGACGUAAUUCACAUUCUCACAAGGGUCAUAAAUGCAGAGUUUACCCUUUUUACACUAUUCUCGCAUCCAAAAAGAUUAGCCAAUUUCCCGAGAGCCAUUAAGAUAUACAGGGCGAGUCGUAAGAGGAACCAGCAACUCGGGGAGGAUUACCCGUUGGAUGUGAAGGAGGCACAAAAACGCGUGGGCAGAGCCUAUGAUUGGUAUAUAUAUGAAGGAGACAAGGCGUUUAUUUGCCCUCCAGCAAAAUUGUUAAUAGUCCUCACAUUUUGGAAUAUAGGGAGUUUUUUGCAAUAUGGCAUUUGUGCAAUUUUGUGGUUUAUCACACAGCAAUAUCGACCCGUUGUAAUUUAUGCGGCAUUGGAUCUGUUUAGCUUCUUGUGUGAGGUAGCCCCAAUUCCCCUAGUGGUCAGCCAAUCAAGACGUGCCAUAUUGGCGCGUCGGUAUGCGGUCUUUGAAGCCGGGAGAACCAGAUUGUUGCCGCACUCGAGAUACCGAAGAUCCAUGGGUAUAUGA